AUGGUGAGCAGAAAGAUCGAAUCCCUCGAGGCAUGGGGUGAACGAAUGGGCUCACGCCAACUUCUCGCACCUCGGCUUAGUGUUUUGGUUGGGCCGGAUGCGGCGUCUGCUCGGGAGCUGCGGGGAGCAGGGGCUCUUGCUGUCCUUCCCAUAUCUAAUUCAGCAGAAAUGAAGGCACUAGCCACUCUAGUGCAUGAAUUAUACACAUUGGUCGUUGGAGCUGGGGCGGCGUGGUUUGGACGUUUGCUGCUGGGGAUCGAUCUAAAAAACAGGGGCCGCACCAAAAAGCACGGUCGCCGAGCUUUGGUUUCGGAGAAUCCCUAUCUCCGGCUGGCCGUGAAGCUGUAUCAGUUCUUGGCCCGAAGGACGAACAGCAGCUUCAACAAAGUCAUCCUCAAGCGGCUUAUGGCCCCCCGUCGCCUCCGAGCUCCACUUUCUCUUUCUAAACUCUCUAUGCGCAUGAGAAAGGAAGAAAAAAAGACCGCCGUGGUGGUCGGCAGCAUUGUUGACGAUCCCCGCACGCUGGAGAUUCCCAAGAUGUCUGUCUGCGCGUUGCAUUUCUCCGAAGUCGCCAGAAAGAGGAUUCUUUCUGCUGGGGGCGAAUGCCUAACCUUUGACCAGUUGGCUCUUAAGGCCCCCAAGGGAUCCAACUGCGUUCUCCUUAGAGGUUCUAUCCUCAGAGAUGCUGACAAGCACUUCGGUCCGGCACCUGGUACUCCCAACUCGCACACGAAGCCUCGUGUCCGGUCGAAGGGCAGAAAAUUCGAGAAGGCGCGCGGACGCAGAAAAUCCCGUGGCUACAAGAACUGA